ACAAUUAAACAUGGAUGCUUAGCGAUUGCGUCUUUCUUUUCUAAUUUCUUUCUUCAAACUGUGCGAAAGUGUCUCUAAAAAAAAUUCUGUUUUGAACAAUGACUACUUACAUAUUAUAUCUGUUGAGUAGAGUUUUUUAACAGAGAGAAAAACUAUUGAAAUGAAAAAUUUUUUUCUCCCCUGUUAUCAUUGUAAACACCGGCUUUGUGAUUUGGCGAAGACUUUUAUAAUUUAUUGAUUUUCUCUUCAACAUGAGUAAUCUCGACAAUAUUCCAGAGGGUCGAGGGCCGGCCAAAAGGAAGGUGAAACCAGUUGAGCCACAGGCUUUGCUAGAUUUUGAUCUGGGUGAAGGCGAGAGCUCAGACGACUCAGACUUUCGAAUUGAAGAUCACCCGGAGGAGAGUGAUGACUACUCUAUCAACAGUGAUGACGACAAAAAAGGAAAUGCUAACAGUGAGUCAUCAGAAGAUGAGUCUGAUUCAGAUCUUGAACGCUUUAAAACAAAUAGUAAUAAAAUUGGAGAAGAGAUGUCGGUUGCUGAGUUGCUGGAAAAUAGCAAGAAGGAGUUCAAGUUUCCUGGAGACUUAGCUAAUGUGCUAAUUUGUGCUGGGUGUCUUGGCUCGCGAUCGGAUGAUUUUAAUGAGAUUGUUGGUUGUGAUGGCUGUGGGGUCACCGUGCAUGAAGGUUGCUAUGGUGUUUCUGAUGUGGCUAGUGAGUCAAGUACAGUCAGUUCUGCAUCCACAGAGCCAUGGUUCUGUGAGGCUUGCAAAGCUGGAGUUACUGACCCUAGCUGUGAACUUUGUCCAAAUAAAGGUGGCAUUUUCAAAGAAACAGAAGUUGGAGCAUGGGUGCAUUUAGUUUGUGCACUGUAUGUGCCGGGAGUCGCAUUUUCAGAGGUGGAACAUCUGUCCGGCGUGACGCUGUUCGAGAUGGCGUACUCGCGGUGGGGCGCGCGCGCGUGCGCGCUGUGCUGCGACGCGACGCUGGCGCGCACCGGCGUCUGCGUCGGCUGCGACGCCGGCUUGUGCAAGACCUUCUUCCAUGUCACCUGUGGACAGCGAGAAGGUUUGCUGGCCGAAGCGCAUUCAGAAGAAGCGGAACAAGCGGAUCCAUUCUACGCGCAUUGUCGGCUACACUCUGACAAGGCUCUCGUGAAGAAACGCAAGAGGAACUGGCUGGCUUUGCAAUUCAGGACUGAGAAACGGCGACAAGAACUACAAAGUAGCGUGACCACUGAUGAAAAACUCCGAUUCCAGAGGAAGCUGGUGAAGUGCAGGCGGAAGUAUUUGCAGCAGAAGGAGAACAGGAAUCCGCCAUGGGUGCCCACUCAAAAGAUGGCGCGUAUGCUGUACAGCAGUGCGUCGGCCAUGAGGCAGUUCCAGCACAAAGCCGAAUGUAUGGGCGUCGAUAUACAUGCGCUGGAGUUCCAGGAUGCACAGAUGGCAGCACUGCGCGAUGUGUCCCGUCGCUGGCACGUGCCGCCCGCGUUUUCUGUGGAAUUCGUGGGAUAUUACUUGGACAGGAAUACUCGUGUGACGUCAUUACGCAGUUCCCUGCAACGACUCACCAUUGAGAACGAAAAGUUGUUGGCGGAGGACGACACACUGAGGAAUGAUUAUGAUGAGGCGUCAAAGGAGAACACAGAAGCUCUCGCCGAAUUGACAUCGACCAGAGAGGCGCUACAAAAGAUCUACAACGCCAUUAUAACAGUGUGCCCUAAGAAAACUCCGCCCGCCAUCUUGGAAGACAAGCCUCUGUUGCCGCCGGUGAUCCCCAGGUCCACGCCCAAGGUCACACCGCAGCAGUUGCAGAAACGGUCUAUGUCUGUGCCUACCGCUGCGGCCCUAAAGAUGGGCGUUGGUUUUCCUCUUAGCGACAACCCGGACGCUCGCCAUGGAAAAGUCUUGUCUACUUCUUUGGAAGCGGGGGGGUUGGCGGCGCGCGAGUGCGCAGUGUGCGCGCGCAGCAGCGAGCAGCACCUGAUGGCGGCGUGCGACACGUGCGCGCAGCACUACCACCUGCACUGUCUGCGGCCGCCGCUGCAGCGCCCGCCCAAGAAGAGCAAGCUGUACGGCUGGCAAUGUUCUGAAUGCGACAAGACUUCCGAUUCCGAACCGGAAGUUUUGGAGAAAAAGGUACCUCGACGAUCUCGCAUCAGAUACAGCAAAGAUGGCGCUAUCAUCACCGAACUCGCUAGCCCGGGGUCAACGCCUAACUCCCCUCCACCAAAACCAAAAGCCGAUAAAUCUCACAAAGUUGAAAAGUCCCUAAAAAUCACACCAACAGAAAACCUGUCACCAAUCAAAGUGACGAUAAAACCGUUCGAAUUCAGCAGCGAAAAUGAAAACGAGAUGAAGAAGAAGGAUAAGAAAAUGAAGAAGUCCAAGCAGCCUAAAGAGCACACAUCAGGGUCCGCCGGUGAAAGUGACAGCCCUAGUAAGAAACUCAAGAGAAGCUUUACAUCUCCUUCCUUGACUAAUACUCCACUGAUGUCUAUCACCCCUAUAGUAGCUGACAGCCCUAAUGAUUCCCACAACGAAAACUCCAACGCCUCUAUUAAUAACACCUCAAUGAAGCGCGAUGAAGGCUUUGUUCCACAAAAUCUAUCAUUCUCAUCUCUUUUAAACGAGUCUAAAGAACGAGACAGCAAGACGAUUGAGAGUUCCAUUGAAAGUACGUUGGCGAAUCUCUCUUCAGAUAUUGCUACGUACAAAGCGAAUAGAAAGAGGAGGAAAGAGAAGCAUAGAUCGAGGUAUUCGCCUGAUUUCAUGCGCUCUCCGUCGAAGUCUCACAAGCAUAAGAGGAAGAAGAAAACACAGGAUAUGGAAAAUCCAGAUACUCCGCAUCCAAGGAUAACUAUAAAGAUAAAACCGAUCCCGAAACCGGACGGCUCCUUGGACACGCAAAUGUUUUACGUGCCGACCGACAGUAAUGAUGGGCCUCCGCCGUCCGUCAUGAAGAAUUUAUCUAAGCCCGGAGUAGAAGCCACGCCCCCCGACCCUCCGCAAGUUGAAGCCCCGCCCGCCGCCGAGUCUGAAGGGACUACUCCUCUUCCCAUAACUCAGGAGGAAAAUCCCGAAACUGCUACGACGAAACCGAAGCGUUCGCGCAAUGCGCGCGCGCGGCGAGGCCCCGACCAAUCAGCGUCGGGCGGCGCCGCACUCGCACCAAUGACGCACUGCGACGUCUGCGCACAGCCCGGCGACGGCACCAACCUAGUGCGAUGUGACGAAUGCCACAAACGCUACCACUUCACCUGCCUGGAGCCACCUCUGAAUAAAAAUCCGAAAAAGCGCGGUUACUCUUGGCAUUGCGCGGAUUGUGACCCAACGGACGUGGAGGAAAACAAUUAGAGAAGUUUUUAAGUUUAGUUUAAAGACUAUAAUAAUACGAAAUAGAUUCAAUUUAGAAGUAAAUAUUUACGUCGUAACUUUUUGGAAUUUUCAUUACUGUGGUUCGCUUGAAAGUUUACAAUUCAAUGAAUACUUACUCUGAGUAAGACUAUAUUGUAUCUACGUAUUGGUGUAUAUUAGAUGUUAAGUGAUGUUUAGUAUUUUACAAUAAACGAUAGUAUACUACGA